AGCGGUGCGAUUGCUUCGAUACCUGCGCCGUCGGUGCCCUAAUCUACGAGGGGAGAAAGGAAAAAAGAGCGAGGAUCCGGCAUUCUUCCUCAGCCAUCACCCGUCGCCGGACGCUGAAGGCCCCAACCACCGGCAGCGGUAAAGAAUCCGACGUUAUCGCCCGCCCCCGGCCACGCAGCGCCGGCUCAUUAAGCCAGUUUUUCUAAAUCAUGGAUUGUCCAAAUGGAGAUGAUCAUGAAGGAGUCAGUGUUGUCGGUUUUGAAGUUCCAAGAUCACCUGAUUCAAGCUACAGCAACCCCAUACCAGGAAAUGAAGAUGAAGCUCGAGAACCUCCACUCGUCCCUCCUCAUCUGCACCAUACCUUGCUGAACUAUUCACACAGUCAAGACGAUCCAGGUAGUCUCAUAGCGCCUCAAAAUGUGAUUCUUAAUCACCUCUACAUAGAGAAUCAAGAUGGCCCAAGUUCUGUUGUAGCGCUUGGAAUCACCCACCGUUUCAGAUCGAAAUAUGUCACAGUUGUGCUUUAUAAGCCAGUUCAGAGAAGGUGAAGUUGACAAUUGACCACUUGUAUCUCAUUUGUUGAUUACUUUAAUAUUUAGGAAAGCUUUGACAAAUUCACAAGCAAAAAAAUCCCAUUCCGCAAUUGCUUUUCUCAAA